AUGAACUCCAUCACUACCGGUAUAGAACCACACGCCUUUCGAUACAGAUACGUCAAUCCAGACCACCUUUGCAUCUGCGACCACCACAGAGGCGACCCAUACGGUAGGCCGGUAGCGGCGUGGACAAGCUCAACGACGGAUCUGCCAAUGUUAUGUCUUGAGUGUUGGGCCGCGACCAUCGUUGACUCGCCGAAUCUGUGUUCUACGAGUAUCGAAGACUGGACCGACUCACUUCCCUCAGAUGACUUGGCCUUGUUCAGAGUCCAGGCAAUCCUGCCGGCUAUCGAGGCCCGGGUUGAGAAGGAGCACACGCCCUGGCGCACUGCCUACGACUUCCGAGAGUUCAUGCAUUUGUUCCAGCAAGAGUUUCUUCCCGACUUCUGGGACUUCGUGGACCAGGCCGACCCGGACGAGGAGUGGGCAGCCGUGAGUGUCAUAUUAGAGGGCCUGCUCGGCUUCACCGGCGUCUACGCAGACAUGGACGAAGGCAAGACGUGGGCAGAGUUGGUCGUACGGUUCCCUGCAAUGGCGACGGAUGAGUUUCGGCAACACAUUCUAAGUCUCUUCCAGGAGGUGUUCCCAAAGAGGAUCAGGAGACAGGCCCGGUUGCGCAUAACUACACAUUGA